UCAGAAAAAGAUGCUGUUAACUGUGUACAACAGUGCAAGUUGUUCCAAGAAGAUCAAAGGCUCCGCUAGGGAGUUCAGGAAAGACCAAAAAGCAGACACUGAUGAUCUCUUACCAUCACCACAAAACCAGCACAAAACCAUAUGAAAGCAAGCCAAUUAGGCCAAUAUUGGGAAAAAAACAAAGAGAAAAAAAUGCCGAGAAACCUUGAGUUGCACUUCAGUACUCGCCAAACCAUGAUCUUGGUUAUGAGACUAAUCUCUUCUCUUUUCUUCUCUCUCUUAUCUUCUCUUAGCAGCCAUGGAUACCCAAUCAACACAUUCAUCUACGCAGGCUGCUCUCAAGAAAAAUACCAACCCAAUUCACCCGUUGAAGGAAACCUCAACUCUUUUCUAACAUCGGCAGUCAGCUCGUCUUCUCAAGUUUCUUACAACAGCUUCGCUGCGGGAAAUGGAAGCUCCACAACACCCGAUGACAGUACCAUAAAUGGCUUAUACCAGUGCAGGGGUGAUUUGAAGAUGUUUGACUGUUCGAAAUGCAUUGAAAAUGCAGCAAGUCAAAUAGCAUUAGUCUGUCCAUACUCUUAUGGGGCUUCUCUGCAACUCGAAGGCUGCUACAUAAGAUAUGAGCAUGUUGAUUUCUUGGGAAAGCUUGACACAAGUCUUAGGCAUACUAAGUGCAGUAAAAGUGUAAGCAAUGAUGUUGAGUUCUAUAGGCGUAGAGAUGGUGUUCUUGCUGAUUUGCUAGGGGCCAUUGGAUUUAGAGUGAGUAGUUCUGGUUUAGUGCAAGGUUUUGCGCAGUGUGUGGGGGAUUUGAACCCAACAGAUUGCUCUUCUUGCCUUGCGGAUGCAGUUGGAAAGUUGAAAAAUGUAUGUGGAUCAGCUACUGCAGCGGACGUGUAUUUGGCGCAGUGUUAUGCUCGGUACUGGGCAUCUGGCUACUAUGAUACCUCUUCAGAUUCCUCUAACGAGGAUCAAGUGGGAAAAACAGUAGCAAUUAUUGUUGGGAUACUAUCAGGUGUAGCCCUUUUCAUCGUUCUUCUCUCAAUUUGCCGAAGAACAAUGGGUUAAGGAGAUUGAAGAUAGCCUACUUAAUUAAUUUCUUUCCGUUAAAUAUCGAAGAAGCUGGUGAUCGAUCACUGGGCCGCCUGAAAAUCGAACUGUUCGAUGACGGACUGUCGACGAUUCCUGCAUGUUCAUGUCAACCAGUGAUCAUAAACAUGAUGUUGCAAAGGUUGGCAAAUCUUUGUAAUUAAUUAUUAUGAUCUGUUAUUCUUGUGACAAGUACUACGUACUGUUCAAGCUGUCUUCGUACUUUUUGGCAAUUGUAAUUGAAUUUCUUUC